UGUCCGUCAGUUGAACCUCGCCAUUUUCGUGGUGUGUAAACUUGUGUUGAUUUUGGGAGAAAAACAGUGGUGCGCUGGUGAGCGCACAGCAAUUCCGGCGUAUAAUACAUCCCCGACAAGUUCUACGCCAUGAAUCAGUCACGAAAUUUCACGUCGUUGUUGAAUCCGAGUUAUUUGCAAAACGCGCAACAAAAUGCUGCUGCAACUGCGAACGCGGCUGCCGCUGCAGCUGCAGCAGCUGCCGCGGUGAGUGCUGCGAUUGCAAAUGGAACGCAGAUUAACACCAAUUCCAAUUCCACGACAAAUAAUACGAGGAAACGCGAAGCGGAAAGUGAUGGUAAACAGGAAAAAGAAACGAAAGAGGAACGUAGGAAGAGGAGGAAAACUAGAUGGAGCGGUAGUGAACAUGACAAAACAUUUAUACCAGGCAUGCCUACGGUCCUACCUACAAACCUCACUCCUGAACAGGAGAAGGCUUACCUCUGUAAUCCACUUAACCCUGAGGAAAGAUCUCCAUCUCCAGAACCCAUAUACAGUAGUGAUGGUAAACGGUUGAAUACAAGAGAAUAUCGUACUAGACGUAAAUUGGAAGAAGAACGUCACAAUCUUAUUCAGAAGAUUCUCAAAAUCAAUCCAGAGUUUAAACCUCCACCAGAUUACAAACCUCCAAUAAUACGAGUUCACGAUAAAGUGAUGAUACCUCAAGAAGAACAUCCCGAUAUUAAUUUCGUUGGUCUUCUGAUUGGCCCACGUGGAAAUACAUUGAAAUCGAUGGAGAAAGAAACUGGAGCGAAGAUCAUAAUCCGUGGUAAAGGUUCUGUGAAAGAAGGAAAAGUUGGAAGGAAAGAUGGUCAACCUUUACCUGGUGAAGAUGAACCUUUGCAUGCGUAUAUUACCGCUAAUAAUUUGGAUGCUGUAAAGAAGGCUGUUGAAAGAAUUCACGAAAUUAUUCGACAAGGUGUGGAAGUACCUGAAGGACAAAAUGAUUUGCGACGUAAUCAGCUUAGAGAAUUGGCUUUAUUGAAUGGAACAUUGCGUGAAAAUGAUGGACCGCGUUGUACUAAUUGCGGAGCAUCCGAUCACAAAUCAUGGCUGUGCCCAGACAAACCCAACGUGACAAAUAACAUAGUGUGCUCCAGCUGUGGAGGAGCAGGUCAUAUUGCGCGUGAUUGUAGAUCCAAGAGACCCGGACAAGGUGGGCCUGCUGCCGCAGGAAUGGGAGGAAUGGGACCAGGUGGAGAUAAAGCUAAGAUAGACGAAGAAUACAUGUCCCUUAUGGCAGAAUUGGGCGAAGGUCCACCACCUGAUCGAUCUAAAACGGGACAACCACGUCAGCCAAAUCCAAAUCCUAAUUAUCCUGGUCUCUUUGAUAGGCAACAAGCGCCUCGUGCUUUGAUGGCGGCACCAGCACACCCACCGCCACAAAUGAUGCAAGGUGGCCCGAUGAUGCCUCCGCCAGGAAUGGCUCCACCACCAUGGAGUCAAGGAGAAGUAAAUAACAUGAACGGCAUGAACAUGCAAUGGCAACCUCCCGUUAGUAUGCCUCCUCCACCCGGUGUGAUGCAACCUCCUCCACCACCUCCUGGUUCCACGUCCCAACCAAAUAUUCCACCCUUAAUGCCUUGGAUGGCUGGAAACAAUCAGCCACCACCACCAGGGCAAAUGCCACCGACACAAAUUCCACCGCCUGGAAUGGGUAUUCCACCAUGGCAACAAGGACAACAAGGACCAAUGCGUCCACCACCACCUGGUACAGCUCCACCACCAGGAUUUCCGGGAUGGCAACCGCAACAAAUGGGCGGAUGGCCACCAGCAGCCCCUGUUCCUCCUCCUCCUCAGCAACAAACACCAGCUCCACCUGGCAUUGAUCUCAAUACUUUACCUACGUUACUGGCACAACCACCUCCACCACCCCCACCAACUAGUUAG